CCGCCAAACCGGCGUGCCACUGUUACGGGGGAGGGCCCGGUCGCGUGCUCAGUUACCGUCCAGCCAAAAGAGUGGCAAGGAGCUGGCCUACAGAGUACGCUGGACAACACUUGGAACAGCCUUGCCAGCCUUGGCGAUGGGCUUACUGGGCUUACCGUGCCGAUCCGACUGGAAAGCCUGGAAGAAUCUGCCACGCUUUGUGUUGUCUGACUCGUUGGUGUCAGCGAUUUCGUUGGUUUCCUUGGGUGUCCGACCUACGGAUGUGCCCUGGUCGGUUCACACGAAGAAAAAUCGUCAUGGAAAGACCGUUUUUGGGACGACAUCAAUACAACCACCAAUACACCGAUACAUCUCGGUCUUGAUAUCUCCGACUAGACUAGGUAGAUAGUCAACUGUUACCAACCACCGACACUAGUACCUUGCGUGCGUAGUCUCAGGCCAAUAGUAUGACGAAUCUCACACGGCCUGUUCCGAAUGACUUGGUCCGAUGGCGUUUACCUUUGUCCUGGG